AUGGUUCUUAUUAGAACACAGAAAACGAAAUCCAGGUUGCCUUCCCUUCGUGAGGACUAUGCGUAUCAGGCCAGAGACAAUUGGAACACAUACGACGCUUCCGAAUCACUUUUAAUGCCGCCUUCGGAUUGUGGUCUACCGGAUACUCUGAUCAUCCGACCCGGAUCGGACUCGGGGCAACAGAAAUUGUUGCGUUCUUCCCUGGUCAAAACCCCGAACUCGUGCCUCCACUGUACAGCGUUGAACUCAACUGCGAGCUAUGAAAAUUUGAACUAUUGCAAACAUGAACAUUUUGAAGCGGAAGAAAAACGAUACGCGACCAGUUUACCAAGUCUGCAUGGAACUGCAUUUUGGCGGGCAGAAGAACAAUCCAGGCGAUACAAGCAUGUGCACGGGAAGAACUCAUGGGGUCGUCUGGUCAACGGUGUGUGGGAUAUCGAUCCUCAGUGGUAA